UUUAUGUUCAGGAUCAUUUUGUAGUUGAUAAACCCAAUCUUGUUCGGCAAAGGUUUUUUAACGCUUUCGAUAACAUGAAGUCUGUUUUCCUCGUGUUAUGUUUCAUUGGAGCUACUCUGGCUUUCGAAGAGUGUUCGUCUGGUUCUGAAUGUGGUAAAGAUCGUUGUUGUCUUUUCAACAAAGUCUGUUUUCCUAAGCUGCCGAAAUACGCACCAUGUAACACGAAGAGUGCUCAGAAAUGUGGCUGCAAGGAUGGUCUUUCUUGUAAAGUCACUCGUGAGCUGACUAUCGCUGGAAAUCUCAUCCAAAUCAAACAAUGCAUGCCUGCAAAUGAAGACAUCAAAGUGGAGAAACUGACCAAUCAGGAUGUCCAGGAGACCCUGCAGCCCGGUAGUACAAACCCUGCACCAAAUCCCGCAGGGAGAUUCUACCCUGGCAAGAAAUGCCAAAACGCAAGUGAUUGUUUCUGGCCAAACACGUGCUGUUUGUUCGAAUCUCGCUGCGGUUUCAAGCUCCCAAAGUAUUUCACUUGCUAUUUCACUAGCAAACACAAGUGUGACUGCAUGAACGGAUACGUCUGCAAAACGACAACCACCGUCAUGCUACCAGUUGUUGGAACUCCCUUCCCCAUCAAGCAAUGUGUUCCCACAUCUGAUGCUUAGAUCUCCGCCAUUCAGGAAAAGAUCACCUGCUAGGUAUACUCAACCGACUCUGCAGGCUGAAGCAUUAUGAUAGCUGAUAUUUUAAAAAUUGAACAACAUAUGAAAUAAAUAUUAAUCUUUAGGGAAAA